AUGCUGUUGCUGGUACUGCUUCUCACUGGUGGUGAUCUGCGGUGUGAUGCGAAGAGCAAUCUCAUACUGCAGACCUUCGACGAGAUGGUGCUUGAAUGUGCUGAGCUAAUGUCGAUCACUCCGUCAAAGUUGACCGCGUUACGAUCGGGUUUGUUGGUGAAGGAUACGGAAACCAAGUGUUUGCUAAGGUGUGUGGGUGUUAGUGGGCGUUUUUGGAGUGAUUACACCGGGCUGCGGAAGGACAUUUUGGCACGCUACUUUUUGGCCGAUGCAACCGACACGCAAAACGUCAACCGUACGCAGCUGUGCCUAAACGAACUGCCAACAAUUCAGCUAGAUCCAGAGCACUGCUGCAAUUUAGCGCUGGAAUCGUUUCUGUGCUUCUACUACAAUUACGGAAAUUUACGGCAGGAUCGCAUUUUUGUUCCACUGGAUCAUCUGCAACAGAAACAUGUGACUGCCCGCUGCAUGGACGUGCAUCAAAUCACGCUGGAACAGCUGAUGAGCCUGAGCGAGGAAGAAAUGGACGCGAACGAUAGUGUCCAUUGCUUGGUGCGUUGCAUCGGCAUCAAGACGGGUAUCUACAGUGAUCGUGACGGUGUCAACAUGGAUCUGAUUUACGCACAGUACGGUGAAGGUUAUUGCGAGGCAGACUUUAAGACAAACGCUUACGAGUGCAUUGUGAGGCAGAGUGAGCAGACGUACGGGAACCCUUGCAAAAGAGCGUAUCAUUUACUGUACAAAUGCUUCGAGAACGUGCGCAACGUGAUUACGGACUAUGAGUUAAAAGAUUCUGAGGAGGAUUAG